GCCGGGCUUCGCUCGCCGCCUCGCGCCGAGACUAGAAGCGCUGCGGGAAGCACGGACAGUGGAGAGGGCGCUGCGCUCGGGCUGCCCAAUGCGUGGACUAUCUGCCGCCGCUGUUCGUGCAAUAUGCUGGAGCUCCAGAACAGCUAAACGGAGUCGCCACACCACUGUUUGUGCUGGAUCGCAGCUCUGCCUUUCCUUAUGAAGAAGACACAAACUUGGAUUCUCACUUGCAUUUAUCUUCAGCUGCUCCUAUUUAAUCCUCUCGUCAAAACCGAAGGGAUCUGCAGGAAUCGUGUGACUAAUAAUGUAAAAGACGUCACUAAAUUGGUGGCAAAUCUUCCGAAAGACUAUAUGAUAACCCUCAAAUAUGUCCCCGGGAUGGAUGUUUUGCCAAGUCAUUGUUGGAUAAGCGAGAUGGUAGUACAAUUGUCAGACAGCUUGACUGAUCUUCUGGACAAGUUUUCAAAUAUUUCUGAAGGUUUGAGUAAUUAUUCCAUCAUAGACAAACUUGUGAAUAUAGUGGAUGACCUUGUGGAGUGCGUGAAAGAAAACUCAUCUAAGGAUCUAAAAAAAUCAUUCAAGAGCCCAGAACCCAGGCUGUUUACUCCUGAAGAAUUCUUUAGAAUUUUUAAUAGAUCCAUCGAUGCCUUCAAGGACUUUGUAGUGGCAUCUGAAACUAGUGAUUGCGUGGUUUCUUCAACAUUAAGUCCUGAGAAAGAUUCCAGAGUCAGUGUCACAAAACCAUUUAUGUUACCCCCUGUUGCAGCCAGCUCCCUUAGGAAUGACAGCAGUAGCAGUAAUAGGAAGGCCAAAAAUCCCCCUGGAGACUCCAGCCUACACUGGGCAGCCAUGGCAUUGCCAGCGUUGUUUUCUCUUAUAAUUGGCUUUGCUUUUGGAGCCUUAUACUGGAAGAAGAGACAGCCAAGUCUUACAAGGGCAGUUGAAAAUAUACAAAUUAAUGAAGAGGAUAAUGAGAUAAGUAUGUUGCAAGAGAAAGAGAGAGAGUUUCAAGAAGUGUAAUUGUGGCUUGUAUCAACACUGUUACUUUCGUACAUUGGCUGGUAACAGUUCAUGUUUGCUUCAUAAAUGAAGCAGCUUUAAACAAAUUCAUAUUCUGUCUGGAGUGACAGACCACAUCUUUAUCUGUUCUUGCUACCCAUGACUUUAUAUGGAUGAUUCAGAAAUUGGAACAGAAUGUUUUACUGUGAAACUGGCACUGAAUUAAUCAUCUAUAAAGAAGAACUUGCAUGGAGCAGGACUCUAUUUUAAGGACCUGCGGGACUUGGGUCUCAUUUAGAACUUGCAGCUGAUGUUGGAAGAGAAAGCACGUGUCUCAGACUGCAUGUACCAUUUGCAUGGCUCCAGAAAUGUCUAAAUGCUGAAAAAACACCUAGCUUUAUUCUUCAGAUACAAACUGCAGCCUGUAGUUAUCCUGGUCUCUGCAAAUAGAUUUCAGCUUGGAUAGUAGGGGUAACAAUUUUUCUCAAAGGGAUCUAGAAAAAAUGUUUAAAACUCAGUAGUAUCAGCCACUGUACAGUGUAGAAAGCAGUGGGAACUGUGAUAGGAGUUGGCAACUUGUCAGCUUUAUAGUUGCUGAUUAGUGAUAUGGGUCUGAUUUUGAUCUCUUCCUGAUGUAAACCAUGCUCACCCAUAUCCCACUAAACAAAUGCAAAUGGUUGCCUGGUUCCAUUUAUGCAAGGGAGCCAGUACUGAAUUAUGCCUUGGCAGAGGGGAGACUCUCCAAAAGAGUCACCGCAGGAAGAAGUUAAGAACACUGAACAUCAGAACAGUCUGCUAAGGAGGACAUUGGCAUCCUGGGAAAGUCUGCCUUUUCCCUUGACCACUAUAGGGUGUAUAAAUCGUGUUUGCAAAAUGUGUUAUGACGUGUUUAUAUUCUAAAACUAUUACAGAGCUAUGUAAAGGGACUUAGGAGAAAAUGCUGAAUGUAAGAUGGUCCCAUUUCAACUUCCACCAUGGGAGAGAAUAAAAAUAAAUUAUGACAUUUAGUAUCUAAGGUUAGAAAACCACGCCCACAUGCUAAUAUGGGUGUUGAAAACUAGGUUACUUGGAAUGCAAGGAAUCAGGAAACUUUAGUUAUUUAUAGUAUAAUCACCAUUAUCUGUUUAAAGGAUCCAUUUAGUUAAAAUCGGGCACUCUGUAUUCAUUAAGGUUUAUGAAUUAAAAAUAAAAAGAAAGUUUUAUGUAGUUAUGCAUGUCAGUUUGCUAUUUAAAAUGUGUAACAGUGUUUGUCAUAUUAAGAGUGAAUUUGGCAGGAAUUCCCAAGAUGGACAUUGUGCUUUUAAACUAGAACUUGUAAGACGUUAUGUGAAUAUCCCUUGCCAAUUUUUUUUAUAAUCAAGAAAACAUCUGACUAAAGUCAAAGAAUUAUUUCUUAUGGUUUAUUUUGAUGAAAGUUCUUUUAACACAUCUUGAAUGUACACAUAAAGGAAUCCAAAGCUUUCCAUUCUAACUUAAUCUUUGUGAUAAUAUUAUUGCCAUGUUCUACAACCACAAGAUGACAGUUUUCAAUGUAGUGACACAAAAGGGCAUGAAAAACUAACUGCUAACUUUCCUUUCAUUUCAAAAGUCCAAGAAUUUCUAGUAUAUUUGGAUUUUAGCUUCUGUUCAAAGCGAAUCCAGAUGCAACUCCAGUAAGUGGCCUUUGCUCUUUUUUGUACCAAAGAGCCCAGAUGAUUCCUACAGUCCCCUUCUUCUCUAACAUGCUGUGGUUCCUUAAAUAUGACUAAUUUCUCUAAGAUACAACCCAGGUGCUUUGAGAAGCUGCAUUAAGGUGUUCAGGCCCUCAGAUAUCACAUGGUACACUUGAUUAGUAAUAAAACCAGAGAUCAAUUUAAUUGCUGAUAGGUCCUGUCUCAGCGUGUGGCAUUGAUUGUUUUCAGCAAAAUUGAUACAGAUUAAUAUGAGUUAUGCAUGUAGGUUGUGUAUAGAUUGAGAAGACAGAUACUUCUCCAUCUAGUAGUUUGAUUUAUUUAAUCAAUGGUUUCAGUUUGCUUGAGCAUAUGAAAAUGCUGCUUAGUGUGCUUAAGAGUAUGAUAAAUGUACUUUUGUCCUCAAACCUAGUAGCUGUUUUAACACUCAUGGACAUGGUCCUAAUUAAUGGGGUUAAAUAAACAAAUUCAGCAAGUUAUUAAAUCUGACAUGGUAGGAGAGGGGAGAUGUGUCCUGCUUAUUAAAUGUAUUGAUCCAUUGAAAGUUACAUGGAUUGCCAAUUUUUAAAACACUAAAGUUGAAUAAAAUGCAUGAACAAUAGAAAAAUGCUGAACAUUAUUUUGGAUGCUAGCUGCUUGGACAUUAACUGUGUCAUUUCUGCUUUGAGAUAAAAAUAUAUAUUUAUCUUUGCUUAUUUUAUCCCAGAUGUGUUCUGAAUAUCCUUCUGCAUAAAUCAUGGAAAACCCACUGCUGAGAUAGGAAACCAUGAAAUCGCCUUUUCAGUUGGUGCCAUGUAUCUGAUAGUUCCAUCUUAGAAGGUUUCAAAAUUACCUUUUAAAAUGAUCUCAGAAGUCUGUAGAUUCUCAACGAUACUGAAAGCUUCACACCUCUUUGGUAGAAACCAAGUCUAUUUAGAAAAUGGCUUUAUGAUAAAUGAUGCCUCCUGAGUGAUAAUGAAGUGUUCCUGGAUAUUGUAUUGUAAUUUAAUGUGCUUACUACACUGCCACAUUUUAGUGAGUCAGAGACAAAUUGAUUUUUCUUCAAUACAAUAAUGGAACAAGUAGCCUAUUCUCUUAAAAACUAUGUGAAAAAAUGAAAAUUAUGAAAAAUUAUGCAUACCUAAUGAAGUAUUGGUUUUAGUAAGAAUUAAAUACAUUUCGUUGAGUUUUAAAGUACUUUGGAGAAACUUUGGGGCACGUUUUGCUACUCUAAUUCAACUGAAGUUAUAAAUAAAGAGAAAAAUUCAUUCAGAAAUCAUGGAUUUUAAAAAUGUUUUGCUGCAGCCAAGUUUUCAUUUAAAAUGUAAUUCCAGUUUGGAGCUUUUAGGCAUUCUGUAUAUUUAAAAAAUAUAUUCUUCAAAAAUGCAUUUUGGCAUGGUGGGAUGGAUGUUGCAAAAGAUAUCCGGAGCCUCCAGUCUGUCAUUAACUGAUAUGGUAAAUCACUUCUCCUCUUUGGAUCUCAAUUUUUUUAUUUAUCUAUACGGUAAACUCAGAGAUCACUCCUUAGGGGUGAGUCCUAUUGCAAUAUGACUGACAAAGAAGGUAAAAUAGCAUUGAAACUAACCCAUACAAAAUAUCCAACUCUGGACUCUGUGAAUAAGUAUCUUGACCAUAAAAAGUCAUUGCUGUUCUUAUUUCUAAUGUAAAUAGUGUCCAUUAGUAAAAGUGAAAUUCAGUCUCAAGUAGGGUGAAUUGGAUCACCAUUUACACAAGAGAUGGCUUUUUCCUUUGCUUGAAUAAACAUUUUGGAUCACCUCCAAAGAAUGAAAACCAGUAGUACAUUUUAGUCAUAUUAGUCAGGAUGAGAAACUAUAAGAUGUACGUAACAUUUGGAAAUGCACCAAAGUGAGCGUUUAAAUCUUCUCAUUUUAUUGAAAACUAAGGGCAGAAAAUGUAAAAUGCUCAUGAAGUUUUUGAAUGCCAAAAGAUAUUUUAGAACCAAUUUAUAAAGGGGUAAUUCAUUAAUUACACUUUAAAAUUGGAAAGUGGGAUAAGAAUCCUAAAGUAAACCAGCUUAUCUUUGAAACAAUAUUAUUUUGAAAUUGGCUUUAAAAUAAAAUGAUUCAGAUCGAAUUCGAAUUAGUUCAUUUGUGGAACUUGAUCACACAAUUCGUAAUGUUGCUGCUUUCCAUUAACUAGUCUUGAAAUGCCUCUGUUUGUAAAAAUAAAAUAAUGGUACUUUCAUUUUAUAACAAGGUGUUCUUUUUAAAGAAAUAAUCCAUGCUAAAACGGAUAUUUGUGAUCCUGAAAUGUUUACUAAGCAUUGUAAAUUUAUUUAUAACUGCCAUCUCCAACUACAUCCUUAUGAUGUUUUUAACAAUAAAAUUAAAACAACUGUUUAAACUAAAAACCACACUGUUUUCCAGUACUUGAUCUCUGAGCUACAAUACUCACUAAAUAUAAUUUUCCAAUCAAAAUAUUCUAUUCUAUAUUCUAAGGGUUAAUACGUGAUUAUAGUGUCCAGUUGCCACCAUUUUUUUAAAUCAAUGGACUUGAAAAGUAUUAAUUUAGAUGGAUGCGCAGAUAUACCCUUAGUUCAGUCAUAGAUUGGAGUUUGAAUAUAAUAAUGUAAAUGUAUGUCAACACUAUUCUAAAUAGUUUUAUUAUGACUGAAAUUUAAUUAAAUAAAAAAGGUUGUAAAAUGUGAUGUGUAUGUGUAUAUACUGUAUGUGUACUUUUUAAAAUAGGUGUAUGUCCCAACCCUUUUUUAUACAGGUUUGAAUUUAAAAUUACAUUAUAUAUACAUAUACUUUAUUGUUCUAAAUAAAGAAUUUUAUGCACUCUCGUAAA